AUGGUCGCUUUUGAUGCACUGGUUGAAGCUGGCUUGGAUGUCAAUGACACUCCCCGGAACUCAGCACUGGCACAACUCUUGCAGCGAGGUGGCAUUUCAGACCUGGAAGUAGAUACACCCCUGAAGGGCGCUCUGAAGUGGUCAAACAAUAACAACAAGAAAGUCUUUGUACGAAAGCUUUUAGAAAGAGGGGCGAAUGUGAGUCUACAGAGUCCACAUGGAAACGCUCUUGGGUUCGCUAUCAAGCACUCGUCUGCUGAAGAUGUACGCAUGUUACUCGAUGCUGACAAAGAGCCACACGAUCCAACACAUCUUCUGCACCUCGCCAUCAGCAAUGAGCGAGAAAAUCUAGUCCCCUUACUUGUAGAAAUGGGCGCCGACGUCAACAAGCGAGUGGAAGGAUGCACGGCAUUAACGGAAGUAUUAAAGCAAAACAAUAUACCCAACGUCCGAUCACUCCUAGACCUAGGUGCGAGAAUCGAUUUCAGCUUGUGGCAAGACCGAGAGGCGGUCACAAACACUGAAUGGUCUGACGAUGUCAUCGAGAGACUCGAGCUUCUUCUUCAGGCCGGCAUGGAUAUCAACGCCAGCGAUGGCAAGGAAAACCUUUUGCUAUCAAUUCUCGCUUGGUCUCACGUGGCCCACAGGACGUCCAGAGAUGUAUACGAAUACGACUACAAAGACAUAGUGCAGUGGGCUAUAGAGAACGGUGCUGAUAUCAAUCAAAUUCUCUACCAGUCUGUCUUUCCCACCAUAUUAAUUACUGCGGCAUCCAAGUAUGAACCCGACACAGUGCAGUAUCUGCUUGAGAUGGGAGCAGACCCGGCUCUCCAGGUGGGCUUUGGAUUUGGGAGCGCAUUGGUUGCAGCGGCGUUCAGCGGACGAUACCACGCUUGUCGCUUUCUUCUCCGUCAGAAAGGAGUCUACGCUAAUCGGCGGCACCGUGGUUUCUUCCGAAACGCUUUUUAUGCUGCUGUGAGUGGUCACUUGGACUACCUGUCGAUGGAUGAAGAUGAUAGGAGAAGGCUCGUUCCACUCGAUACUAGGGAAGUGGCACUUUCCGAGAGUUUUGGCAAAUGGAUCACUGGUCAUGACAAAGGUGAAGAGGCCUUCCCAACGUCGACCUGA